ACACGCGCGCCGGCCGCGCAGCUCAACUCCGAGACUUUCUUCUUCUUGUUUUCCGCUUUUCCCGUCAGGAAUCCCAACGCACGAUGUCUGAAACCGCACCUGCCGUGCCUCCCGCUCCGGCCCCUGCCGAGAAGACGCCCGUGAAGAAGAAGGCCCGCAAGUCCGCCGGUGCCGCCAAGCGCAAGGCGUCCGGGCCCCCGGUGUCCGAGCUCAUCACCAAGGCCGUCGCCGCGUCCAAGGAGCGCAGCGGCGUGUCCCUGGCGGCGCUCAAGAAGGCGCUGGCGGCCGCCGGCUACGACGUGGAGAAGAACAACAGCCGCAUCAAGCUGGGCCUCAAGAGCCUGGUGAGCAAGGGCACUCUGGUGCAGACCAAGGGCACCGGCGCCUCGGGCUCCUUCAAGCUCAACAAGAAGGCGGCCUCCGGCGAGGCCAAGCCCAAGGCCAAGAAGGCGGGCGCGGCCAAGCCCAAGAAGGCGGCCGGGGCGGCCAAGAAGCCCAAGAAGGCCGCGGGGGCCAGCGCCCCCAAGAAGAGCGCCAAGAAGACCCCCAAGAAGGCCAAGAAGCCCGCGGCGGCGGCUGUCGCCAAGAAAGUGGCCAAGAGUCCGAAGAAGGCCAAGGCUGCCAAGCCCAAAAAGGCGGCCAAGAGCCCAGCCAAGGCCAAAGCCCCGAAGCCCAAGACAGCCAAGCCUAAAGCGGCCAAACCCAAGAAGGCGGCCGCCAAGAAGAAGUAAGAGAAUAUGGAGUAGUUUAGAAUCUUUAAAGGCUCUUUUCAGAGCCACCCAAGAUCUCAAGAGAAGAGCUGUUGCACUCUGCAGGGGAAGGGGGCGUGGCGGGAAGGACCACUCCACGGACCAGGGGCGACACCUACCGGGACGCUAGUUAAGUGCACUAUAAUAUAAUUUAAUAUUUUGGAACCCUAGUUUCCCCUUUAUUUUCUUGAAGUGCGCGGUUUCAACAUUUACUGACCCACAUUCCACACGGUGCGUUAAGAGGGAGCAUAAGUUGGGCCAUAGUUCACUUACUAAGUUUCCCGUCACCGUGUGCUUGGGGGACGCUAGAGUAAUGUAUAUACCCACCUUAAAGACUAAGUGCUUAAGCCACCAAAUCCAUUGAGAGAACAGAAGGCAUUUCAGCGGCCACUGUAGUCCAGCAUGUUGCAGAAAUCUUGGUCCUUCCCAUUAAAUUAGCUGUCGCGGAAUGGCGCGCUUCUCCCCUAAUAAGCACCCGCCCGCCAGGACCAGUAUCUAGGACGU